UCUACCCUUCACUCGAAGCUUACAGCCAUGGCUCACCAUUGCUCUUCUCCGCCACUUUCCUCUGUUCUCUCUGUUUCCUUCUCUCACGCCCUACAAUGAACCACAAUCUCAACCUCUUCUUCCAAGAAGGAGAUGGCGCCGCCGUAUGCGCUUGAUGCUCUGUUCUGCCCGGAGGAGCACUGGGAGGACCAAGAACAAGAACAAGAACAACAACAACGUUGUACUAAUUUAACAAACGAGGAUCUGUUCUGGGAAAACGAUGAACUAAUUUCUCUUCUUGCUCGUGAGAAUCCUAAUGAACUCUUUCAAAUCAUUCAGACUAACCCUUUUCUCGCCGCCGCCCGACGAGCCGCCGUCGAGUGGAUGCUGAAUGUCAAUACCCACUACUCCUUCUCUGCUCUCACGGCAGUUCUCGCCGUCGAUUACUUCGAUAAGUUCUUGUCGUUUUUUCAUUUUCAAACAGAUAAGCCAUGGAUGUUUCACCUCGCUGCUGUUGCUUGUCUCUCUCUUGCUGCCAAAGUGGAGGAGACCCAUGUGCCUCUUUUGUUGGACCUUCAAGUUGAAGACAGUAGAUAUCUGUUUGAAGCCAAGACAAUCAAGAAAAUGGAGCUUCUUGUGCUCUCUACGCUUCAGUGGCGGAUGAAUCCUGUUACCCCAUUUUCUUUUGUGGAUCAUAUGUCAAGAAGGCUUGGAUUCAACGGCCAUAUCUGCCGGGAAAUUCAUUGGUGGUGUGAACGAACUAUUCUCUCUGUUAUUCUAGAGUCAGAUUUCAUGUCCUUUCUUCCUUCUGUAAUGGCCACCGCCACAAUGCUGCACGUUUUCAAAGCAAUGGAGCCCCACCUCGACGUUGAAUACGAUUACCAUCUUCUUAACAUCCUCAAACUCGACAAGGGGAAUGUGGAGGAAUGCUGUAAACUAAUCUCGGAUGCAUCGAGAAGAAACAGCCACCAUUUUAAAAAACGCAAAUUUGGGUCGGUUCCAAGCAGUCCAAACGGUGUCAUGGACGUGUCAUUCAGCUCCGACAGCUCGAACGACUCGUGGUCGGUAGCUUCGUCGGUUUCAUCCUCGCCGGAGCCAUUAACAAAGAAGAACAGAGUAUUGGAUCAAAAUUUCGCCGACAUUCCUCGCUAGAUCCAGUUUUUCGUUUUCGUUCCCGUAAUCCUUGUAUGUUGAAUAAGAAUUAAGAUCAAUAUUUUCUUGAAUUCUGCAAGUUAAAUUGCCUAACCAUCUCCGCAGUUUAUGCCCAAAAAACGCAGAGAUGGUCGGCAUUUUAUCCGGAUGCAUAGUACAUGAGAAUAUAAAACAAUGAAGAACAGCAGUUUCAGAGCUUCAA